AACGCUAUAAUACACCAUAAAUUGGGGUCACGGCUCAUGGACUAAUCAGACGUUCGCCGGACCUGAGAGAGCUUGGCAGAAAACACAGAGGACCUUAGAGACACAGGAAGCCACUAUGAGAGGUUUUCACUGUCCUGCUCUGCUGCUGCUGUGGGCUGUGUGUAGCGUGUUAGACGUGCAGGCUGAUGACGUGAGGACGGUCAAGCUGUGCGGCCGAGAGUUCAUCCGUGCCAUCGUCUACACGUGUGGCAGCUCCAGGUGGAGGAGGCUCAGCAGUCCGCAGGAUAUGGAAGGGUUUUUUAAUGGAGAUCUAAGCAGUGCUGAGCAUCUUAGCAAGAGUCUGGGAUCUGACCUGGCCAGACGAGACCUGACUGAUGUUUGUUGUCAGUUUGGCUGCAAGAAAAGUGACCUAACAUUGCUCUGCUGAGAAAUGAAGCUGUGCUUUUCUUUUUGUCUCACCAUGUUUUCUUCCACAGUCUAAAUGAAUAUGAACACUUCUCAAGUGUACUCUAAGUGUACAGUCAGUUGUAAUUCAUUGACCGUCUUAAUUUGCCAGUAGAUGAAGCUAAUUUACAUAAAAAGCAUGUCUAAUUUGGGAUUAGAUCAUCUAAGAUGCUCCAUGAAACAGCAGCAGUGAAACUGCACAAUGAGGGGUUUAAUUCUAACUUGUAUUUUGUAAACUUUGUCAAUAAACAUUA